AUGGGAGCCAGCUGUAAUGAUCAGAGAAAGGCCGUCGCUAUUUGCUUACAGCGGUCGCCUUGCGUUUUGAUCGAACGCAACACUCCAAAAAAGUGUCUGGAAGAUCCAGAGCUUAAUAAAGACCUGCCUGAGCUAUGUCUCGCACAGAUGAAAGCCUUUUUGGAGUGUAAGCGAGGCAUGGUGGAUAUGACCAAACGCUUCAGAGGCAACGGAACCUUGUCCACUGGAAAGUAUGAUCAGCAAUAUGACAAUUUGACGAGUGGCAAUUUCGAUGCGAGAGAAGAGCUUAGGAAACUUGAAACAUUGUCAAGUGCAAACAAAAACUAG